AUGUUGAAUGAAUCGGAAGGGGAGGCCUUGGAUAAGGUGGUGCGGCCCUCUCGGGUGCUGGAACUGCUACAGCCCGCCAACGGCAGGCUGCUCGCAGUGGAGCAGGACCCCGCGGUGGCCGACUUCGGGGAGGAGAUCAUCCUGGUGGCGAGCUUCAAACAGUCGCAGUUCCAGGUGUUGACAGGCAGUUCAGGCAACACCAUCCCGACACUGCACCCUUUUAUGGAACCAGCUCCAGGGACCGGAAACGCCUUCAACCUGGUGCUCAUGGACCACGAUCCCCAGCAGUACCUUGUGGACCUGCUGGCUCUGGAGCGAGAGGGUCUGCUCUGCCUCUCAGGCUGCUCCAUAGUUCUGAUCAUCAGGAACCAGCGAGACAAAAGUCUGGAAGAACUGAUCAGCGCAAGACCAGAUUGCUACAGCAUCAAGUCGCAGGUUCCUGGGAUGGUAGAGCUCUUCUACCAGAAGAACCGCACAUGACGAUGCUUCCCUUAGGAAACCAAGUAAAAAGGGAAUUCAAUUUUCUGCCAAAA